AGAAAGAUUCUUUGGCCAACUUGCUUCUAUACUCCUUAAUUCCCCUUAUAUAUAACCUUGUUCUAAGUUCAAGAUUUGUAAACCAAUAUAUUGUUGUGAUUAUAGAAAUGGGCAACUUACAAGUUUUUAUUAUAUCAUAUUUGUCAAUUUCUUGUGUUGGUAUUUUGAUGCCAAACUUGGUAACUGCUCAACUUAAAACCAAUUAUUAUGCACAAACUUGUCCAAAUGUUGAAUCCAUUGUGCGCAAUGUCGUUAACCAGAAAUUCCAACAAACGUUUGUCACAAUCCCUGCUGUUCUCCGUCUCUUCUUCCAUGAUUGCUUUGUUGAGGGUUGUGAUGCUUCGGUGAUAAUAGCAUCAACGGCAGGAAACACCGCAGAAAAAGAUCAUCCAGAUAAUCUUUCAUUGGCUGGUGAUGGAUUUGACACUGUUAUUAAAGCAAAAGCCGCAGUUGAUGCGAUCCCAAGUUGUAAAAAUAAAGUUUCUUGUGCCGAUAUUCUCUCCUUAGCCACUAGAGAUGUCAUCCAACUGUCUGGUGGACCAAGGUAUGCAGUGGAAUUGGGAAGACUAGAUGGGUUCACAUCAAAAUCUUCAAACGUGGAAGGCAACUUACCUAAACCUACAUUCAAUUUGGAUCAACUCAAUACAAUGUUUACCUCUCAUGGUCUAAAUCAAGCCGAUAUGAUCGCUCUAUCCGGGGCCCAUACUCUUGGAUUUUCUCAUUGCGACAAAUUUUCCAAUCGAAUUUACAACUUUAGCCCUAAAAACCCAGUGGAUCCAACACUAAACACGACAUAUGCAGCCCAAUUACAACAAAUGUGUCCAAAAAAUGUGGACCCAAGGAUAGCCAUCAACAUGGACCCAAUUACACCAAGGGCCUUUGACAAUGUAUACUUCCAAAACUUGCAAAAAGGAAUGGGCCUAUUCACGUCAGAUCAAGUGUUAUUUACAGACCAAAGGUCCAAAGGUACUGUUAAUUUAUGGGCCAAUAAUUCUAAAGUUUUCGAAACCGCAUUUGUUAAUGCCAUGACUAAAUUGGGUCGGGUUGGUGUUAAGACGGGCAAGAAUGGAAAUAUUCGUAGAGACUGUGGAGCAUUUAACUGAUUGAAGUUUGCAUUGCUUGUGAUUUGUGAAUGACAAGAAAAGAUUGUAAACUAGAAUUUUUGUUGUUGCUUUAAUAAGGUGGGUGAGUUAUGCAAUAAUGGAAUAAGAAUAGGAGCUUGAAAUUCAACUUAAAACAACCAGCGUAUAGGUAAUGUGUAUGCUUGUAAACCCAAUGAUGUUCUGGUGAAAUUGCAGCUUCUAAGCUUAGAUUAA